ACAAGAGAGCAUAGCUAACAUACACCUUAAUUACCAAUUGUAUCAGAGACAGAGUUCUUGUAGCAUGUGUUUAGGCAGAGAGUAUAGAAAAGUCGCUUCUGUACGGUGCUCCUUUUGGCUCCUCUCCUACUCUUUGAGAUAUUGAGUUUUCUCUUCAAGCGAUUAAUCCUUCAACUUUGCUCAGGUGAGAGAGAUGAAGCGCAUGUUUUCAGAAGUAGAAAUGUCUCGAGACGUGGCUAUACCUGCCAAACACUUGAAGGGCCAUUCGCCACCACACCAACAGAUUCUAACCAGACUACUCCAAGAACUGCUACACGAGAAAGCAUGCAGGGAACACGGGUUCUAUCUCGCCAUCACCGCCUUAAAAAGCAUCGGUAACAACAACAACAACAACGAUGAUAGUGACCAAGCAGACACCCUCACAUUCCCAGUCUCCUUCACAUGCCGUACAUUCUUGCCUUCACGAGGAAACGUCAUGGUAGGGACCGUAAUGAAACUCCUUUUCAACGGUCCUAACGGAGCUGCUACAGCAGUUUUGAUAAGCUCUGGUCCACUCAGAUACGCAUACUUAUCAUACUUGAAAAUGCCUGAUUACCAUUUUGUCCCGGCCAAGUCUGAGGAGGAGGAGGCGUGCUUUCAGAAAGAUGAUCUCACCAAGAUAGCUGUUGGAGUGGUUGUGCGGUUUCUGGUGCUGGGACGUCGGUUUAAGGUGAGUCCAGAGAAAAGAAGAACCGAUGUUUACGUUCUGGCCUCUGUGGAAGGCGAUGAUGAUACACUUGGACCCGUCUCUCUUACAGGGUGCGAUAGGCCUUAUAUGUGAUUGUUUCAACUCCCAAAUUUACUUUCAGUCUUCUUGUUACUUCUUUAGUAGUAUAGGUGAACGAACUCAUCACUCUUUUCGUUAAUGUACACAAAGUUUCUCUCUCU